CGGCAGAACAGUUGAUCCGGGGACCCCCUGCGGAGCCGGAGUUUAUCUUUUUUUUCCGCCUAGAAAAAAAGUAGUCGGCCAGAACAAGCACAACUGAAGAUUCAGCAACAACAUAUAUUUACUAUUCACGGAGCCAGCUAUAAAACAUGGCAAGGCAUACAAAGAGUCGCACGAAGCCAAAGGUGCCAAGCGGCCCUGCCAAUGGCAAAGGCAGCGCGUCCUCAAUCGGGAAAACGCCCAAGUCGAUGGUUAUUCGAAUCGGAGGAUCGCGAGUCGGGAGCAGUGUUAGCCAGCUGGUCAAGGAUGUUCGUUUGAUGAUGGAGCCAGAUACUGCUGUGCGAUUAAAGGAACGCAAAUCAAACAGAUUACGAGACUACACGGUUAUGUGUGGCCCUCUCGGCGUCACGCAUCUCCUCCUCUUCUCCAAGUCAUCUACAGGAAACACAAAUAUGCGCUUAGCGCUCACGCCGCGCGGCCCAACCCUCAAUUUCAAAGUAGAAAGCUACUCUCUUUGCCGAGACGUCGAGAAGGCCCAAAAGCGACCACGAGGCGGAGGUCAAGACCACAAGACACCUCCUCUACUUGUUAUGAACAACUUCAACACCGCCGACUCAGACGAGAACUCGAAAGUUCCCAAGCGCCUUGAAGGCCUUACGACGACCAUCUUCCAGUCCCUCUUUCCCCCAAUCAACCCACAAGCCACGCCCCUCUCUUCUAUUCGCCGCGUCAUGCUGCUCAAUCGUGAACCCGCCUCCAAGUCUGACGAUGAGGGGUCAUAUGUUUUGAACUUGAGACAUUAUGCGAUUACGACGAAGAAGACGGGCAUUUCGAAGCGGAUUCGACGGCUGGAUCCGAAGGAGGUCCGGCAUAGAGAGAAGCACGGGGCAGCCGUACCUAAUCUUGGGAAGUUGGAAGAUGCUGCGGAUUAUCUACUUGAUCCUUCGGCUGCUGGGUAUACAUCUGCCAGUGAGACAGAGGUGGAUACGGAUGCGGAGGUUGAAGUUACAGGAACAACCACGAGAAAGGUGCUCACGAAACGGGAGCUGCAGCGCAUGCAAUCGGGAGAAAAGGUCGAUAAGAAGACGAGCACGACCGAAGUUGAGAAAAGAGCCGUCAAAUUGGUUGAACUCGGUCCCCGGUUACGACUCCGGCUGAUCAAGGUCGAGGAGGGACUUUGCGAAGGCAGGGUUAUGUGGCACGAUUAUAUUCACAAGUCCGAGAAAGAGGUCGACUCAUUGGAUAAGAACUGGGACCAGAAGAAGAAGGCCAAGGAAGAGCGCAAGAGGCUUCAAAAGGAGAACGUCGAGCGGAAGAAGCAGGACAAAGCCAAAGCUCGCGCUGAGGGCAAGGAAGUUGAGGAUAGUGAGGGUGAGGACGAGGAUGUCGACAUGGAUGAUGAGUGGCUAAGCGAUGAUUUCGAUGAAGACGAAGAUGUUGAAGCCAAAUCAGAGGAGGGGGAUGAGUCCAUAGAGGAGUAAGUCAGAGUUGACAGGGAUACCCUAUAGUUCGAUAUUGGUUCGAUGGCCUAGAAGGUAGGUUAUAUUACAUCUCUCUGCCUUGUCGCCAUUGUUGGCUGGAGUAAAUUGGCAUUCUUUCUACGGAAGCAUGUGAUGCGAGAGUCUAGGAUAAUGAAGAUCCUACUAAUUUCAUCGAAUGGACGAGUUGCUAAAUAAGCUGCGUGAACGAUCUUAUGAUGAAGGGCCGGUAACCCUAAUUUCUCCGUUGUGCAAUCAAAGUGAUCAUGCAGAUCCCUCUUACCAGCCAGCUAUCAUACACGUAGCUACAUGGAUUUGGCGGAAACAAUCUCGGCAUCGACCAGCACUUACAGUGACUCGUUGAAGUAUCUUUGAGCUUACCUGGCUAUGUACUAGGAACAUCUUCAUAUCCAUGUUUCUAUCUACAAAUACUGGCUUGUCAUCUUGAGUGCUCUAUCUAUGAUACAACGCCGUCCUUCUUCAACUGAGCAAUCUCCUUCACACUGUACUGAAGGACCUCGCCCAGAAUCUCAUCGGUGUGCUGACCCAGCGUAGGCGGCGGCGUCCGCACACCAGGUGUCGCAUGUGAGUAUUUAAUCGGUGUAUUGACCAACUUCAUAGGACCGCACGCUGGAUGGUCAACAUCUACGAUCAUCCCACGGGCUUUGACUAUACGAGAAAGAGGGGUUAGAGAGACUCGUGCAUUAACCAGAUUUAGGUUUCUCACCGUGCUCGUGGUUCAAUGUCCCUUGAAUAUCGUUGACGGCGGCAUACGGCAUCCCACUACCUUCCAUGAUCUCUAGCCAAUGUUGCGUGGUCUUUUCCCUCACGCGGUCUUCGAUCAAACCGUCAAUUUCUGCUCGGUGCUUCACACGGUCACUGUUGGUAAGGAAACGGGGGUCUUCUUUCCAAUCGGGGUGACCCAGGCGAUCACACAACACGCCGAAGAGUCUGUCGUUGCCGCCGCCGAAGAGAAUGUCUCCGUCAAGUGUGCUGUAACUUCGGUAUGGUACGAUUGAUGCUUCAAGCAGUCAGUACAGCAGGACCGGCAAUAUGAUGAUUAAUCUGUGGCAUACGAUGUUCAGUCCCCCAUCGCCCCGAGUCCUUUUUCCCACUAAUCAAGGCCGAGCUUGCAAUAUUGGCCAAUGUCGCAACCUGGCAGUCGCUCAGGCACGCAUCAAUAUGCUGGCCCUUUCCAGUCCUCACGCGCGCAAGCAAAGCAGCCAUAAUCGCGUUCGAUGUAUACAGCCCCGUUGUCAGAUCGGUAACGGCGACACCGACUUUGACCGGAUCACCAUUUCUACUUCCCGUAAUAUGCAUCAAUCCGAAUUCAGCCUCUACCAUCACGUCGUAGCCAGCUCUGUUGCUGUAGGGCCCGGUCUGGCCGUACCCGGUGAUACUCGCGUAGAUCAGGCUGGGGUUGAUUUCUCGUAGUGUCUCAUAAUCCAUGUUGUAUUUUUUGAGACUGCCAGGAAGAUAGUUCUCCACGAGGACGUCGCAUUCUUUGACUAGUUUAUGGAGGAUCUCGACGCCGGACUUGUGUUGGAAAGAGAGGCCCACG